AUGAUUCCAGAACUAGAAGUGGGGAAUCGCUAUCCAGGAGUCACGGCAUGUGUUGAAUCAUGUGGAGGACCUGGAUGCGACUGUUUCUACUGGAGUUCAGGAUGUCUUUUUUAUCGCAUAUAUUUGACGCCGAACGCUCCAGAAAUAUAUGAAGUACUUCGCUGCAGCAGAUGGACUGAAGCUACAAAGGUAAAAUUCACUCAUACGGACGCGUUACGAGGUACAACAGAAUCAUUGGUAGCUCUGAUGCAACCAAAUGUACCAGUAAGAUGGAAUUCAUUCGCGUUCACUCUAAGUUCCUUAACGAUACCACCUAUAACUUUGCUUAACAUUCCUUUCAUCACAGAUGGGGUGAACACCGCACUAUGGGAGCCUAGUUUCACUCCUGCGCUACAUUGUCCUACUGCGAAAGCAGCAGAAGAACUUCAGUGCGAUGUAUUUGAAAACUGCACAUGUUAUUCUGCAGAGACAAAGGCUAAUUGCAAAUGCAAGAGCUUGGAUAUCGCAGCAAGGUUCCAAAAUCUACAAUACCGACUACCUGUGGUAACACCUUCACUAUCAUUUCGUCGGGAGCGAGAUGGAACAAUUCAAGCACGCGUACCAGCCAUGGCUACGUCUGAGAUAAUAAUGACCUUUCAAGACGAUCUCAGCACCGAACUACUCGUUGACGAUGCAAUCUGUACCGUAAGCAGUGCUGAUCGGUUGCUACAAAUGUGCGAAAGGUGCUUCAGCUCGCGUAACAUGUAUAGCGUCGAAGCCAACACAAGCAGAGGUAGUAUGCGGUCAAACGAGUUUCUCUAUCAGAUGCGACGAAAACGGAGUAGAGUCCGAACUGCGAUUUGA